AUGUCUCUGGGGUGGCAGUUUGACGGCAUAAGCUUCUCUCCAGAGGGCAUAAGUGCCAUCAAGUCACUUGGUUUCUUAAACCCAUUACCGGUUCAGAAAGCUGUCAUACCUCUAUUCCUAAGUUCAAAAGAUGUGGCUGUUGAGGCCGUCACAGGCUCCGGGAAGACGUUGGCAUUUCUUAUCCCCGUGUUGGAAAUACUCAGACGAAGAGUUCAUCAAUGGAAAAAACAUGAGAUUGGAGCUCUCAUCAUAUCACCUACGUCUGAGCUAGCUCUUCAGUUAUUCGAAGUCACUUCCAAACUUCUAGCCAGUUAUGUUGAUGAAUCAAGUAAUGCGCUUUUCACUACCUUGGUUUGGACUGGUGGAGGUGGAUCUGGUGGUGCCACAACGCGAGCUCAAGAUUUUGAAAACUUCCAAAAGCAAGGUGCCACGGUGUUGAUUGCCACCCCGGGUCGGCUUGUGGACAUGGUUCAACAGGGUGCACAGCGCACUUCUAAUCCAAUUGUGCGGGGUUUCCGUAGUCUGGAAGUUCUCAUUCUGGAUGAAGCAGACAGGCUGUUGGAAAUGGGAUUCGAAACUCAACUUCCCAAGUUGAGGACUUACUGCGUGCAGGUAGGUCUUCGAAACCCCGUCCGUGUCGUGGUUCGUGAACAGAUUGAUCAUACCAAUGCUGCGUCGAAGGCUGCUCUCACAGGACAGCGAACACCAGCGACGUUGGACAACUAUUAUACGGUAGUUGGACCGGACGCCAAGUUUUCAUUGCUCAUACGGUUCCUGCUUUCCCAUCCGAACGAGAAACUCCUUGUCUUCUUGGCCACUUGCGCUUGCGUCGAUUAUUUUUCCCGUCUCCUUCGCCGUCUACUUCCUGGUUCGCAAGCCAAGCGAAUCUACGCGUUGCACGGAAAACUGCGAAAGAAGCGCACUGCCAUCUUUCAGUCAUUCAGAACGGAAGCCUCCGCCGUCCUCCUCAGUACCGAUGUCAUGGCUCGCGGAGUGGAUAUCCCUGACGUCAGUUGGGUCCUUCAAUGCGAUCCACCAUCCAGCGCCAACGCCUUCGUCCAUCGGUGUGGUCGGACUGCACGUUGUGGUGUCCAAGGUAGUGCUUUGCUGUUUCUCACAUCCAAAGAGUUAUCGUACGUUAACUUUCUGAAGAUUAACCAGAAGGUUUCGCUGAUUGAACUUGAUUCUGAAGGUCUGGAGGGACUGUGCAAAACAACCAGCCAAAAGUACACACCGACGUUCGUGACGAAACGUAUUCACGACUGCUGUAAAAAGGAUAAACUCAUUUAUGAAAAGAGCAUUCGCGCAUUUGUUUCCUACGUACAAUACUACCGCAAACAUGAGUGCCACUUGUUACUCAAACUGAAAGACCUGGACUUUGGUCGUCUGGCCAACGGCUUCGGACUACUGCGAUUGCCACAUAUGCCUGAGCUCCGCGGGGCAAACAUUAGCUGUUUCACUCCAUCAGGCGUUGAUGUUUCCAAGUUGAAGUAUCGCGAAAAGAGUGUAGCGAAACAACGGGAGUUGUUGGAGAACGCACGCGCCGAGGAACGGUCCAAGGGCGUCAAAAAGAGUAAACCGUGGUCCAAAGCGAGGGAAACGCGAGAAAAGAAGAAAAUCGUUCGACAAAAGCGCCGGCAUGCCAAGGAAGGUGAUUCUGUCCGUGCAAACAAACCAGUUGCGCCAGUCGAUGUAUCAGCUGAUGAGAUUGAUGAGGCCGAUUUGGAUGAAUUGAGUGAAGACUAUCGCUUGUGGAAACUAGCCAAAAGACGCAAGGUUGCUGAAAAUUCACCGACAACCCACGACCGGUUUCACCAUUCUCUGGCUUCAUCCGGUCGGCGCAGUCUCCUAGUUUGCGUCAACCUUAUGUUCUACUUGAAACCAAAUCGAAAUAGUCACAUUAACUAG